AUGGCUUGGGGCUGGGGCGAAUCCGAAGAAGCUCACCGUGAGGUUUACGGUCAGGAGAAGCACGAGAGCAAGCUCUCCCACGAGCUGGUUGCCGGUGCUGCGUCCUUUGCCGGCAUGAAGGCCUGGGAGGACCACCAGCGCAAGGAAGGCAAGCCUGUCAGCCACGCCUUCGCUAAGGAGGCCCUCGCCGCCGUUGUCGGCGCUGAGGUCGACAAGCUGGCCGAGACCAAGGGCUUGGACGAGGUCGACAAGUUCAAGGCCCACGAGCACGCCAAGAAGAACGCCGAGCGCAUGUACGACGAGCACUACGUUGAGGGCCAGGGUGCCGACCAGUACGACCCCAACCGCUAUGAGCGCCACGAGAGCUUCAACCGCUGGUAG